UACUCUAAAGGUUGCAGCAAGUUUCCUUUAUGGCAAAGAUGAUGAUAAAUGGUUGUCUUUCAGUGAAAAAUUGAAGUCAGAUGCAAAACAUGAGAAUGAUAGAAUGAAACAUGUCAGCUACGAUGACCUCCCAACUCGGCUAAAAGCUUGCUUGGGCUAUUGUUCUUUGUUUCCUGAAAAUUUUACUUUCAACAAGCACGAUCUCAUUAGUCUCUGGAUAGCACAGGGAUACAUUAACAGGACCAAAGUUUUGAGGAGGCUGCAGAGAAGUACUUUCUGGAAUUGUCACGGCGCUGCUUCUUUGAGGAUGUCAUCACUGAUUACUUGGGGAAUAUCAUCAAUUGUAAGAUGCAUCACAUUAUGCGCAGCCUAGCGUGUCAAUAUUCAUCAGGGAUCAAGAGCUUUUAUCUGACAGAUGCAGGGGGUUAAUCUGGAAUCUACAUGCAAACAUGUUUCUUUGACAUGUGAUCUGGACUCAUUGAGGAAUAUCUCAUCAUCCGUACUUCAAGUUCAAAAUUUGCGGACACUUGUUUUAGCCAAGGGAACAGAUUGUGCCACAGAGAUAGACUCUUUGGUGUGCAAUAGGUUGAUAUCUAGUUUCAAAUGCAUAAGGGUUUUGGACUUGCGUGAUCUUGGAAUUGAGGAAUUGCCGGUUUCCAUGGGUAAGCUGAUUCAUUUGAGAUACUUUGAUCUCUCCAGAAAUGAUGCUCUGGUUACUCUACCAAAGUCAGUCACAUAACUGUACAACUUGCAAACACUGAAACUCAACUCUUGCUCAAAACUUACAAGAUUACCAAGUAACUUUGGUGAAUUAGCAAACCUUACACGUUUUGAGGUUGACGAGUGUGAUAGCUUGACUUGCAUGCCUUCAGGCUUGGAGAAACUAAUUAAGCUUGAGACGAUGAGUCGGUUUGUAGUAGGCCAGGAGUUUUCCAAAGAUAUGGUUAGUAGUGGGCUGAAAUCUCUAGAAAAACUCGACAAAUCGAGAGGACGACUGGCAAUUGAGUUGACAAGAGAUUGGAAAACCGCCAUACCUGAAGCCUCACAGGUGGAAUUGCAAAAGAAAAUCCAUCUAGAGGAAUUAAAGAUCAGCUGGCCAAAAACAGUCUUAAACUGUAAAGAGACUUCACAUCUCCUUUCCGAUCAUGAAAAAUUACCUUACAAGAAACUUCUUGAGAACCUCCAACCAAACUCAAAUCUCAAAAUCCUCUGUAUAGAAGGGUAUAAAGGGCAAGACUUCCCAUUCUGGGCAGGGGUGAAUAUGUUGGCUUCUUGUCUCCCGGAUUUAGUUGUCAUCAGCAUUGAAGGAUGCGACAAAUGCAAGUAUCUCCCACCAUUUGGUAAACUUAAGUAUCUUAAACGACUCACCCUGAGACACAUGGCUAAUGUGCAAUUUGUGCAGAGAGAAACUUUCAGAGAAGUGUCAGCAGGUGACAGCCAAGAUCAAGAACAUACUCAUGUAUCACCAUUCUUCCCAGCCCUAGAAGAACUUACCCUCCAUAACUUCUACAAGCUAGAAGGAUGGUGGAAGGAAGAAAUGAUGGUAGCACCUCCAGAAAAUAUCCCUCCCUUCCCUUGUCUUUCCAAAUUAAGGGUAUGGAACUGCCCAAAACUGCGAUCUAUGCCUUCGUUCGUAGAGGUUUCGGAUCUUGACUUGCGCAACGUCAAUCAGAUGCUUCUAGAAGAAAGUGCAAAGAACAUUCCUAUUAAUCCUGAUUUCCACCUCAAAUGCCUGCAAAUUAAGGCCUGCUCCAACUUGAGGAGCUUCACAACAGUCAGAAAGGGGCUAGGGGGCAGCCUUUCUUUAUUACAAGAGCUUGUGAUUGAAAAAUGUCAUGCACUGAGUUCACUGGCAUCAGAAUUGUCAUACCUACCCUCCUUAGAGAAGUUGGAGAUUUCCAACUGCAAAGAACUUGAUCUCUCUGAUUAUGGAAGCAAUAAUAUGGGAAACAGAGAAUCUGUAUCAACUCCAUGGACCUCUUUGGCAUGCCUUCGCCAUUUGACCCUUCAAGAAAUACCAAAGAUGAAGUCUCUCCCUGAAUGGCUGAAGCAUGUCCAAACUCUCAAAUCAUUAUGGAUAUCAUCAUGCACUGCCUUGACAGUAUUGCCGCAGUGGAUAGAUAACCUGACAGCGCUUCAGCACCUUCGGAUUGAGAACUGCGAGGCUGUAACAAGGCUACCAGAUGAACUAGAGAAUGUUGAAUCCCUGAAGAAAGUUGAGAUCACCGAAUGUACUGCGUUAAUGGAACGUUGCAGAGAGCACACGGGGGAGGACUGGCACAAGAUCAGACAUGCUCGGGUUUUGCUCCAUAAGUCGUGGCGUUAUGGACUCAUACCAGAGCUAAGAGCCUCACAGAACAGAUAUAAUAUCCGUGCACCAACAGACAUUAAGUACAUCAUCAUUCCCAUAAUAGCUACAGAAGCCAUCAUCUGACAUUUCAUUGCAUAUCAGCUAUAGACUUCUCGCUGUUAUGCACUGAAACUUGAAAAACAAGCACACAAGAACAUGAAGAAAGGAAGCUUGAGGUUUCUUAGAUUAUGUCAUAUUUGUGGUUUCAGAAGUUAGUGAUCUAAUGAUCUUUAAUUAAUUUGACAGCAUUUUCUUCUGUAAUGAUGUAAGGAUGUAACCCUUCUUACUUGUUCUGUAUGACCUUCAUCACCUUCAGUUGUGUUCUCUCUCUCUCUCUCUCCCUUUUAUUUUCUUAUUCUUCCACCCUUUCUCUUAGGGUUAAGCCGUACUAUACAAAACAAUCCAUAAUCAAUGCGCGGUCCUAGCCAUCAGUUUUUCUCAAACUACAGCCUUGUUUGGUAAAUGGCUGUUAAACAAAAUACAUAAUUUGAUAAUUAACUAUCUUCUUGUAUCAUAUUACAUUUAAUAAGCGUAUACCAAUCGGCAUUAUCUUAUUACUACCUUAUUGUAUUAUACGUCGUAUUAGAUCUAAUAAGCAUACAACAAUAGGCAUGAGCCUAUUACAGGUAUCUGGUGAAUUACAGAAUAAGCAAUUUAGUUUG